GCAAAACGUGAUAAUAAAUCGUAGUAUUUACUGAUUAAAUAGACGUGUUUAUUAAAUCUGAGAGUGACGCACGUCAUAUUUGUAAUGAUCGCAUGCGACGGUGCAGGGCGCUCCCCUCCUGAGGACAGAGUGGGGCGUUCCUUCCCCACGCUACAGACGCUGCUUCAGGUUUGACACAGCCGCUAUUUACAGCUUGGAAUGCGGGAGAAGAGAGGGACCUGGUGCGCGCUCUACUUCCACUUCUCUUUUUAGACAAGACAAAAGACACACAGAGGCUUCAGCCUACGGCAUCGGCUUUUUUAAAUCGUCAAGGUAAUAGUUAUUUAAUGUCCACGCGCGGACAGCGCUUUGCCUACCGGUGGCGGAGCGCGUUCUGCCUUCUGUACGGUUGGUAGCCGACACACCGCAUCACAGACGAGGAACAGCCGCCGAUUCAUUGCAGAGCUUAAUGUGAGUGAACCAGAUACGGCAAGUGACUUCGCAACUAACUCAGACAUUUUCCAAGACAGACAUCCACCUAUCUGUCCUGCCGCUAGCGGUUGUAGGUUGAUCCGGCACUUUACUACUUUACAUAGGCUGUUGUUAUUAAUUUGAUUUUUCCUGGUUAUUUCUUCUCACCAACAAUGGACUAAGAUUUGCGAGGAAACGACAACAACCUUUCAGUAGUUUCUUUCUUGUCUAAAUGAUACAGGAUACCAUGACCCUUCUGUCUCUCCUGGGCCGGAUUAUGAGAUACUUUCUGCUUAGACCAGAAACCCUGUUCCUGCUCUGCAUCAGCCUGGCUCUGUGGAGCUACUUUUUCCACACGGAUGAAGUCAAAACCAUAGUCAAGUCGAGCAGGGAUGCUGUCAAAAUGGUCAAGGGUAAAGUGGCGGAGAUCAUGCAGAACGACAAAUUCGUGGGACUCGAUGUGCUGGACGCAGAGUUCUCCAAAACCUGGGAGCUGAAGAGCCAGAACGUGGCGGUGUACUCCAUCCAGGGCCGCAGGGAACACAUGGAGGACCGCUUCGAGGUUCUGACCGACAUGGUGAACAAGAGCCACCCGUCCAUAUUUGGGAUUUUCGACGGGCAUGGAGGAGAGGCAGCAGCAGACUAUGCCAAGGCCCACCUCCCCGCCGCCCUGCGCCAGCACCUGCUGGCCUACGAGAGGGAGAAGGAGAAGGAGAGGGAGAAGGAGAAGGAGAAGGAGAAGGAGAAGGAAGAGAGGGAGAAGGAGAAGGAAGAGAGGGAGAAGGACGGCAGUGGACAGUCCUAUCCCUCUAUCCUGGAGAAGCAGAUCCUUGCGUUGGACAGAGACAUGCUGGACAAGCUCUCUGCCUCCUACAACGAAGCAGGUAAUUCAUUAUGA